AUGGGCUCUGCUGCUAGCGUCUCUCAAGGCGGUCGAAAAGCCAAGCGGAAAGUUAAGCCACAAGACGAACUGCAUGAAAAUAUGAACGGUGUGGGCGGUACACGAAAAGAUGAAAGUCCAGUAAAUGAAAAUAGAAAUAACUUGGAUGCAGUAGACAAUAAAGGAGGGAAUAAAUUUGGUACAACAGAUCAUUGUAUAAGAGCAGAUAAGAAAGCUGCUAUUGUUGUUCAUGGAUGUCAAGAAGAAUAUCAAACACUUGUUGAUGAACUGCCUGAAAUCAUCAUGAAGCAACUUGGACCUAGUAUGAUUGCGCAUCCUAUGAUACAGGGCAAAUACUGUCUUGUGAGAGAUGAUGAAAAAGAUGAAGACCAUCUUAAUCCUUCCGCCGCUGAUUCGAAGAGGCUAGUGGCAGAACAAAAGUCAAGACUUCAUUUACCUAUUUGUGGUCUAUCACAACCAUCAUUUGAAGAGAUCAAAAAAAGCUGGACAGUUUGUGUCAUCGAAAAUGUCUAUUGA